CCGCUCUGCUCAGGGCUGUGCGCAGAGCUGGGGAUUAUUAUUUUAAUCAGAGCCUGUAUGGGAAUUGCUCGCAUAUAGAUUAUGGGAGCAGGGCACAGGCAGCCCCGGGCACCGACUCGCAAGCAAUCUCAAUAUCUCAGCGGAGCAGGGAUUAACAGGAGCGUGGGGUGUGCGUAUGUGUGCACCCACCCCAUCCCUUGUCUCCCUUCCAGUCCUUUGACCCCUGGUUGAGUUUUUUGGCUCAUGAGCUCACAUCUCCCCCAUGCCCACUUUCUGCACCUCCCGUCCCACCUCAGCAAGUGGCUUUGGGUGCCCAUUGUGCCCCUCCAUCAAGGCCCAGGCAAUGGGUUAUCUCCACCGGCUCCAGGUCCACGGCACCCUUGGGUGCUGCACAAGAAGUUCUUCCCACCCCGGUGGUGGUGCCUUCCCCUCCUAAUGCCAUAAUCCAGCCCUGAUCCCCGGUCCCGCUGACCUUGCAGGCGCUGGACCCGGUGCUGGGCACGGCGGGGCGCGGGCACCACAUCCACCCACCCAUGGCUGCCUUCUUCACGGCCGCCCUGAGGAACCUGCGGGGGGGUGAGGAGGAGCCCAAGGCACCCCCCAAGGACGGCAAGGCGGCCGCCCUGCCCCACGGCAUGUCCCGCGAGGAGUUCGAGGAGUACCAGCGGCAGCUGCUGGAGGAGAAGAUCGAGCGGGACAAAGCCUUUGCACACAAGAAGGCAGAGCGGGCGACUGUGCGCAUGCACCUGCGGGACAAGUAUCACCUGGCCCAGGAUGAGCGGGACGAUGCUCAGCUGCACGUGGCGGGCGGUGCGGUGGAGCUGCCGCAGGAGCUGGCCGCCAUGGUGCGCAGCGAGGAGGAGGAGGAGGAGGAAGAGGAGGGCACCUUCGCCUUCCUGACCAAGCUGCGGGACGUGGAUCUGGUGGCGCUGCGGGGCCGUGCACUGGGCACUGUGGAUGAAGUGAAGGAGAAAUGCUCCCUGAUGUAGUGCUGGGCAGCACCGGCAGGGUCGGACCCCUGGGAGUGGGUGGGUUGUGGGCGGUGUGGGUGCAGUGUGCCAGGCUGGGGGGCCCUAUGCCUGUGAUGGGGGUCGGUUGUCCUCCCUUAAGCCAUUCCCUGGGGUUUCUGGGGGCUGUGGGCAGAGACUCUGGGGUCCUUUCCACCCAAUCCCAUCCCCAUAGCAUCCCCUGGUGCCACCCCCAGUCCACCCAGGCAGCGGUCCCAGCACUCCCACCCCCACCCCUGGGAUCUCCUGAGCUGUUCGGGUGAAUAAAAGUGUCAUUUUGUGA